AUGUCUCCUCCAGCAGCUGAAACGGCAACACCCUUCCUCUCAAGUGAUUUACCAAUUAAAAUCGUUACAAAUGGGUUAAAGAACCUCAAUUAUACCUCCAAGCAAGGUUACGGGAAUUUUGAUACUCAUUUCUACGAUGGCCAGGAUGAAGUCUCUCCCUCUGGCCUAUUGAAGAUUCGUAAAUCUUAUAGAGAAAAAUCGAAGUACCCUGAUUAUUUGCCUACCUGGGAUCCUACUGAAAAGUAUGGCCCAUUGGAAUUCCACGAAUACCAUGAUCCUGCUUUGAGAGCCGACACUAACUUUUCAAAUCUUUUUGCGAAAGAAAAGAUUGGUCAACUAAAGGUCAAGAAGGUCACCCCAAAAUUAGGUCUCGAAAUCAAUGGGAUCCAAUUAACUGAUCUUUCUGAUGCUGCAAAAGACGAACUCGCUUUGCUCGUUGCACAAAAGGGAGUAGUAAUCUUUAGAAAUCAGAACUUUGCUGACGAGGGACCAGAUUAUGUGACCGAGUAUGGAAAACAUUUUGGUAAGUUGCACAUUCAUCAAACCAGUGGACACCCUCAAAACAACCCUGAACUGCAUAUUACUUUCCGAAGACCUGAUGCGGAAGAAUUUGCAAGAGUUUUUGAUGACUCGACAUCAUCUGGUGGCUGGCAUACAGAUGUUUCUUAUGAGUUGCAGCCACCUUCUUACACUUUCUUUAAUGUUGUCGAAGGUCCUGACGGUGGGGGAGAUACGUUGUUUGCUGACACGAUUGAGGCUUUCAACAGGUUGUCCAAACCUUUGCAAGAUUUCUUGAGCACUCUUCAUGUCAUUCAUAGUUCAAAGGAACAGGCAGAGAACUCACAGCGCCAGGGCGGUAUACAAAGGAGAGCACCUGUUACACAUAUUCAUCCAUUGGUCAGAGUUCACCCUGUCUUGAAAAAGAAAUGCUUGUAUGUUAACCGUGCAUUUUCUAGGAAAAUAGUCGAGUUAAAAAGACAAGAAUCUGAAUCACUGUUGAAUUUCUUGUACAAUUUAGUGGAAAGCAGUCAUGAUUUGCAAUUAAGAGCCAAGUGGGAACCUCGUACGGUCGUAAUUUGGGACAAUCGCAGAGUUCAACAUUCAGCAGUAAUUGAUUGGGAAGAACCAAUUCACAGACAUGCGUUCAGAAUUACUCCUCAAGCGGAAAGGCCAGUGGAGGACCUGAAGUUCUUGAACGAUGAAAAUUAUUAUCCUUCUUCAUUAACUUUGGAUGUUUGA